AUGUCAUUCUACAGCUCACAAGGAGACGCCAUCGUGACGCCGAGCGACUGGUCAAUGGGCAAGUUUAUUGACUUCAAAGGAGACCAACCUUCUGCUCUAAAGAGGGUCCAUCAGAAAAGACACUCUCUUGAACAUGAACCCAGCUGUUUGUCCUUGAAGAGCGACCACUCAAUGGACGUGUUUAUUGACUUUAAAGGAGAGCAACAGUCUUCUUCAGAGAGUGUCCUGUUUGUGAAGAACGAGCUGAAGAAGAUCCAGAGGGUUCUGAGUCCAGAUUACCCAGAAUCCCUAGAACAUCUGUUGCAGGGUGAGGAUGAAGAGCAGAGAAGGAGCAGCAGAGAGGCGUUUGUGAAGAUCACAGUGAACUUCCUGAGGAGAAUGAAGCAGGAGGAGCUGGCUGAGCGUCUGCAGAGUACUUUUGCUGAAGUUUGUAAAAAGCGGCUGAAGUCUAGGCUGAAGAAAAAGUACCAGUGUGUGUCUGAGGGGAUUGUUAAAGCAGGAAACCCAACCCUUCUGAAGCAGAUCUACACAGAGCUCUACAUCACAGAGGGAGGGACUGGAGAGGUCAACGAUGAACAUGAAGUCAGACAGAUUGAAGCAGCAUCCAGGAAACCACACAGAGCAGAAACAACCAUCAGACAGGAAGACAUCUUUAAACUCCCACCUGGAAGAGAUGAAUUAAUAAGAACAGUAAUGACGAAGGGAGUGGCCGGCAUCGGAAAAACAGUCCUAACACAGAAGUUCACUCUGGACUGGGCUGAAGGAGCCAACCAGGACAUCCAGUUACUGCUUCCAUUCACCUUCAGAGAGCUGAAUGUGCUGAAAGAGAGAAAGUUCAGCUUGGUGAAACUUGUUCAUCACUUCUUCACUGAAACUAGAGAAAUGUGCAGCUUUGAAGAGUUCCAGGUCGUGUUCAUCUUUGAUGGUCUGGAUGAGAGUCGACUUCCUCUGGACUUCCACAACAAUGAGGUCCUGACCGAUGUUACAGAGUCCACCUCAGUGGAUGUGCUGCUGACAAACCUCAUCAGGGGGAACCUGCUUCCUUCUGCUCGUCUCUGGAUCACCACACGACCCGCAGCAGCCAAUCAGAUCCCUCCUGAGAGUGUCUCCAUGGUGAUAGAGGUCAGAGGGUUCGCUGACCCACAGAAGGAGGAAUACUUCAAGAAGAGGUUCAGAGAAGAGGAGCAGACCAGCAGGAUCAUCUCCCACAUCAAGACAUCACAAAGCCUCCACAUCAUGUGCCACAUCCCAGUCUUCUGCUGGAUCACUGCUACGGUCCUGGAGAAAGUCCUGGAAACCAGAGAGGGAGGGGAGCUGCCCAAGACCCUGACUGAGAUGUACAUCCAUUUCCUGGUGGUCCAGGCCAAACUGAAGAAGGUCAAGUAUGAUGGAGGAGAUGGGACGGAUCCACACUGGAAUCCAGAGAGCAGGAAGAUGGUGGAGUCUCUGGGAAAACUGGCUUUUGAGCAGCUGCAGAAAGGAAACCUGAUCUUCUAUACAGCAGACCUGAGAGAGUGCGGCAUCAAUGUCAGAGAGGCUUCAGUGUACUCAGGAGUGUUCACCCAGAUCUUUAGAGAGGAAAGCAGGCUGUACCAGAACCAGGUCUUCUGCUUCAUCCAUCUGAGUGUUCAGGAGUUUCUGGCUGCUCUUCAUGUCCAUCGGAUCUUCAUCACGUCUGGAUUCAACCUCCUGGAGGAACAAAGAUACACCUUUUGUUGGUUUAAAACAAGAGCAGACACUGACCUCUAUCGGAGUGCUGUGGACAAGGCCUUACAGAGUCCAAACGGACACCUGGACUUGUUCCUCCGCUUCCUCUUGGGUCUUUCACUGGAGACCAAUCAGACUCUCCUACGAGGUCUGCUGGAACCAGAACAAAGAAGAUCACAGAACAAUCAGGAAACGGUUAAAUACAUCAAGAAGAAGAUCAGUAAGGAUCUGUCUGCAGAGAAAAGCAUCAACCUGUUCCACUGUCUGAAUGAACUGAACGAUGGUUCUCUGGUGGAGGAGGUCCAACGGUCCCUGAAGUCAGGACGUCUCUCCACAGAAGAACUGUCUCCUGCUCAGUGGUCGGCUCUGGUCUUCAUCUUACUGUCAUCAGAAGAUCUGGAGGUGUUUGACCUGAAGAAAUACUCAGCUUCAGAGAAGGUUCUACAGAGGCUGCUGCCGGUGGUCAAAGCCUCCAAGAAAGUUCUGUUGAGUGACUGUAACCUCUCAGAGGACAUCUGUGCAGAUCUGUCCUCAGUUCUCAGCUCUCAGUCCUCCAGUCUGACAGAACUGGACCUGAGUAACAACCACCUGCAGGAUUCAGGACUGAAGAAGAUGUGUCCUGGACUGGAGAGUCCACACUGUCACCUGGAGUCUCUCAGGUUGAGUGGCUGUAACCUCUCAGAGGACAUCUGUGCAGAUCUGUCCUCAGUUCUCAGCUCUCAGUCCUCCAGUCUGACAGAACUGGACCUGAGUAACAACCACCUGCAGGAUUCAGGACUGAAGAACCUGUGUCCUGGACUGGAGAGUCCACACUGUCACCUGGAGUCUCUCAGGUUGAGUGUCUGUAACCUCUCAGAGGACAUCUGUGCAGAUCUGUCCUCAGUUCUCAGCUCUCAGUCCUCCAGUCUGACUGAACUGGACCUGAGUAACAACAACCUGCAGGAUUCAGGACUGAAGAAGCUGUGUCCUGGACUGGAGAGUCCACACUGUCACCUGGAGUCUCUCAGGCUGUCAGGCUGUCUGAUCUCAGAGGAAGGCUGUGCUUCUUUUGUGUCAGCUCUGAGAUCGAACCCCUCACAUCUGAGAGAGCUGGACCUGAGCUACAACCAUCCAGGAGAGUCAGCAGGGAAGCUUUUGUCUGCUGGACUGGAGGAUCCCCGCUGGAGACUGGACACUCUCAGAUUGGAGAGCUGCAGUUUGUCAGAGGACAUCUGUUCUUCUCUGGUCUCAGCUCUGAAGUCCAACCCCUCCCAUCUGAAACUUCUGGACCUGAGUAACAACAACCUGCAGGAUUCAGGAGUGAAACAUCUGUGUGGAUUUCUGGAGAGUCCAGACUGCAGACUGGAGACUCUGAGAUUGAAGAACUGCAGUUUGUCAGAGAUAAGCUGUUCUUGUCUGGUCUCAGCUCUGAAGUCCAACCCCUCCCAUCUGAAACUUCUGGACCUGAGUGAGAACGACCUGCAGAAUUCAGGAGUGAAACAUCUGUGUGGAUUUCUGAAGAAUCCAGACUGCACACUGGAGACUCUGAGAACUAAAGGUGUAUUCCAGCUGUCGUCUUCCAGGGUGUACACACACAGCUGCUCCACUGCAGCUCUGAACACCUCUGAAGUCCUGCUGCUCUUUACACUGGAUGUGGAGAUGAUGAGAGUGACCAGGACGGAUGAGUCGUGUCCUGAUGGUCCACGGAGGUUGAAGCAGCACCAGUUUGUGUGGACAGACUCUGACUGGACCAUGUUUCAUGAUCCUCCACACACCGAGGAAGAGGAUGAAGAAUUCCUGUGA